AAGGGAACGACAUGCCGUUUCAUGGAAAACAUGUCGACUUCGCUUCACUGUCUCUGCUCCACCUUCAUCGCACACCAAAACCACCAUCACCUUCAACUCUGGCAUUGAAAAUUUCAACUGAUUACAUAGCUUAUUUCUUUGAGUCAAGGUAUCGAAAUUUCUAGCGAGGGUAAGGAGCAGAAAAAGGAUGGUUUUCUUGUAUCAAUUCUGGUGGAUCUUCAGAGAAAUUCUGCAAGUUUAAUGCUUUCUUUUCUUCUACGUGAUGGACUCUUGGUGCUAUGGUUCCGAAGGCAAGGGAGGUUUCAUGUUAUCUGAUGAAAUGGUUCCCACUACUGAUUCUAUUUCAAGAACUAGAAAAGUGUUUACUGGUUGGGACUUCAAAGGUCCUAGCAAUUACCAAAAUGCUGUGCCGGUGGACAACCAAGGAUUCAUGGAACUAGGUUUUCCAGGCAACGUAAGAAAAUCACUUCUUGAUGACCCAAUUAGUGGGUUUUCAAGUAGUAAGACCAGUAAUGGAAGAGUGGCUUCUUCUUCUCAUUUGGUUAGCCCGAAUGCGUUUUUUGGAGAGGUCUCCGUAAUUGAUUCUAAUAGUCGGGAUUCGUCGCUCAUUGACUUGAAGCUAGGGAGGUUAGCUGAUUCUAGAGAUGGCAUGACUGGUAAAUCCUCAAAAGAGGUAAGGGCAUUGUCAUCAAUUGUGUCGCCAAUGCCAGUGACGAAGAGAGCUCGCUCGGGGAGUUUGAAUGGUCACACUCCUUUUUGCCAAGUUCAUGGAUGCAAUAUGGAUCUUAGCUCCUCGAAGGAUUACCACAAGCGACAUAGAGUCUGUGAGAUUCACUCGAAGACCGCAAAAGUUAUUGUCAAUGGCAUCGAACAGAGGUUCUGUCAACAAUGUAGUAGAUUUCAUUUGCUGGCAGAAUUUGAUGAUGGUAAGCGUAGUUGUCGUAAACGCCUUGCUGGCCAUAAUGAACGAAGGAGGAAACCUCAGAUUGAUAAUCACUCUGGAAGAACUGGAAAGCUGCUUCCAUCAUACCAUGGUAGCAGAUAUCUGGGGCCCUCCUACCCGGCCAGGGCAUCUUUCAUCUGCCAGGAUAUAUUUCCAAAUGGCAUUUUACGAGAAGUAAAAUCUGAAAAUAGUAACUGGUGCAGGCACGUAAAAUUAGAAGACGAUGCAAUUUAUAACAACUCUCAGCAACCCAUACCCGUCAUGAAUAGCCAUAUGUUUCCGAAGUCCUUCCACCCUCCCUUGCAUGGCGUCAAUACUGCACCAGGGAGCAUGUACUAUGAAAAUAGUAGCAACAGAUACAUGCAGGAUUUCACUGGUUCACAUUCCAUUCCACGGUUACCGUUCCACAAUGCUGCCUCAUCGGGGAGCGAGGAAUUCUCCGCCUUCGAUACGUCGUUGACUGUCCAUGGUUUGUCCGGGGUCCCACACUCCAGUUGUGCUCUCUCUCUUCUGUCAUCUCAAUCACAGAACUCAUCAACGAAUAAUCCAGGGAUCCCGAUGGCCCGUCCGCUGAUUGUUCAAGGUGGGUCUGCUCACUACAAUGUGGGCCCAUUCCCCGACAAGCUUAUGGUGGCAGUGAGCUCACAGGCUUCGACGAGCGUGGCUUCAAAUCGGUUCUCUUCGUCUGGGAAGAACUCUAUGGAGGAGGAACACAUGGGGGCUGUACUUGUUUCCGAUGCCAGUAAUGCAGUUGAUUUUGAAGGUCAGGCAGAUGGGCUUUUUCAAGGCUCCGAUUUCAUGAGUGCAAAGGAUCCAAUAUCUCGUGAGCAUGGACAUACAGUCGAUUUACUUCAGCUGUCAUCGCAGCUUCAGGGUGUGGAGAAUCAAAGGCAUCCAGUGCAGGUGAAGCGGGAAAAUGAGAUCUUCUGCUACCUUCCUAUCACUUAGGCAGACUGCAGCAUCUCCUACAUGAAAAAUGAAUGUAGAGAUUGCAGGUUGCCAAAUGGUGCCAGCAAGGGAGAGAACGCUUCAUCUGAUCUCUGAAACUAACAGUGAAUGAAGAACUCAGAAACAGGCGGCAAGAGAUUUCAGCUACCAUCCUACCAUCCUCGUCUACUGGUCGCUACCAUUUCAAUUGCUCUGAUUCCGUGGACACAGUUAAGCAGGCCACGCCAUUUUAAAUGGUGAAUAACAAAGCACCAUGUUGGCUUUGGUACUUGGAACUAUUCUUUUCUUCCCGCCAAAAGUCCAUUGAUGUCUCUCAAGUUUCCGAAUUCUCCUUUUGCUAAGUUGCUAAAUUUAACAAGUUAGGGCCAAUCAAGGUCAUUUGUUGUUUUAUUUUGCUGUGAUCGAUGUUUUAAAUAGCAAAUAGCGACUCUUCUGAA